AUGCUGCGGGCUGCCUCCCAUCCUACUCGCUACCGCCCUGUGCUUGCUCCGAUACACAGAUAUGGCUUCUCGCGGCAGUUGUCGACAGAGAAAUCACCAGCGUUGACAUCAAAGUCUCGUUCCACAGCUCUCCUAGUCGGCCUUGGAAGCGGAGCCCUCGUAGCCUCUUACUUUCUCUGGCCGGAUCCCUCUCGCGCUGCGCCCACCAAGAGGAACGCCCUGCUUUCUCCAUCGCACUUCACACCAGUGACCGUCACCUCCACAGAACCAUGUCCAGACCCAAACACCCGCCUCAUGACACUCGCUGUUCCACGGAACUCAUUACCCUCCCUCAACGAGGCUGCUUUUGAGCCCAUCUGGUCUGUUUACAUCAAGGAUGACGACAUCCAGGUCGAGCGUCCCUUCACGCCGUUGGAAGGCAUGGACAGUGAAGGGCGCAUGAAGUUCUGGGUCAAGAAAUACGAGAAAGGUGAAGUGGGCCGCUGGCUGCACUCCAAGAAGGCCGGCGACACGAUAGAAAUACGCGGUCCGCUCAAAACCUGGGCCUGGAGACCGGACGAGUGGGACGAGGUGGUCAUGAUUUCAGGGGGCACGGGGAUAACGCCCUUCUGCCAGCUCGUCUACAAGGAAUUGCUCAGCCAAUCCCCUCCGAACACGCAGACGCGCUUCACGCUGCUGCACUCCUCCCGUCGGCCGACAGAGCUCCCCCCGUCGGAGAUGCUCGCCCCUCUAGUAGCCUAUUCCCAGGCGCACCCCGACAGGCUCAGGCUAUCACUCUUCGUGGACACGCCCGAUGGUCCUGCGCAUCCGGCAGUGCCUUCCUCUUCGUUGACCGUGGGCCGAAUUGGAAGAGAAGCUAUUGAACGUGCGACGGACUCGGGCGACGGCCAUAGAAGCUGGUGGCGAAGCCUAUUCAGCGCUUCGCCGAAGCCGAAACCACAGGAAGCUGGCGAUGGAAGGAAGAUCGUAUUUCUCGUCUGCGGACCCGACCCAAUGGUCGCAGCAAUCGCGGGACCAUUUGGUCGGAACUUCUCUCAAGGGGACGUUGGUGGGUUGCUUGGGAAUUUGGGAUACGACAAAGACUCGGUGUGGAAGUUGUAGGGCUCACUACGCACAAUACAU